UCUUAGCCCAUCAAAUUUUGGGCCUUGAACUCGGGGCCCAAAAAAGCCCAGAUAAACUGAUUUCUCUGGCCCAGUGGCACAUUACCGGUCUCUUUCGUUCAUCCUCUUACCGGCGGUCUGGUCUUCUGCUGCUCUGCUUCACCGACUGGAACGCAGAGCUCCACGCUCAGUAUGAGGAAGAGAUCAAUGCUGAGGCCUCCAUUGAGAGGCUUCUCUUCAAUGUCUGCGCCUCCGGUUUCACUCGGCACCGUCGAUUCCCAGCUUCGAUCUCUCCUGGAGAAGCCGAGUUCGCGUCAAUUCACAGAGGCAGCUUCCCUGUUCCAUCUCUCAAUCGACUCCGGCUCGCCACCAUCUCCUUCGACCUCCAGCUCCCUCGUCGACGCCCUGGUGAGGUCCAAAAACUACGAGCUUGCCCUCUCUGUUUACACGAAGAUGGCCCGGUCCAGUGUCCCGCCUAGGUUUGUUGCAUUGAGAGGUUUAGUCGAGUGUUUCGUGAAUGCAGGCAGUACUGGACUUGCCUUAGGUGCGUUGGGGUUGAUGCUGAGGCGCGGUUUCAGCGUGAACGCUUAUGUGAUGAAUGUCGUGCUAAAUGGAUUGUGUAGGAACUGUGGGGUUGAGGCGGCAGCGGAGUUUUUCCGCAAGAUGGAGGGCAACGGCGUGUUGCCUGAUGUUAUCAGUUACAACGUGAUGAUAAAUGGACUUUGCAAGGCUAAGAAAAUUGAUGAUGCUGUGGAGCUUUUGGUUGAAAUGAAGACGGUGAAAUGUUUCCCGAAUUUGGUGACGUACACCACUCUGAUGGAUGGGCUCUGUAAGGUCGGCAGAGUCGAGAAGGCCGCGGAGAUGAUGCACGAUAUGAAAGAGCAGGGCCUUGAUGCUGAUGUGGUGGUGUACGGGGCUCUGAUAAAUGGGUUCUGUCGAAUAGGGAAUUACGAUCGGGGGAAAGAACUUUUAGAUGAGAUGGUGGAUAAAGGAAUUUUCCCUAACGUAAUUACGUUCAACUCCUUAGUAAAUGGCCUUUCUAAGAUGGGGAGAUUCGAAGAAGCCAUGGUGAUGUUGGAUGCUAUGAUUGAACGUGGGAUUCACCCCGAUGUUUAUAUUUAUACAAGUUUGAUUGAUGGCCUAUGCAAGAAGGGAGUCGUGAAGAAAGCAGUGGAGAUGCUGAACCUGAUGGUGGAGAAGGGUGAGGAGCCGAAUUCUGUGACUUAUAAUAUUGUAAUUCAUGGGCUGUGCAAGGAAGGUCUGAUCGAUGAAGCAUUUAGAAUCUUCGGUAUGAUGACGGAGAAAGGGAAAGAGCGUGAUGCGGUUACUUAUAAUGCGUUGCUGAUGGGGCUUUGCAACAAAGGCAGGACUGAGGAGGCGAUCCAUCUGUUCAAUCUGAUGGUGAGUGAUAAAAACUAUGCCAAGCCCGAUGUUAAGACUUUUAACAUGCUGAUGAAUGGGCUUUUCAAAAAUGGGCGUGUGGAUGAUGCUCUUAAAAUCUAUCGUAAGAUGGCAAAGAGGGGGACUCCUGGUACCGUAGUAACUUAUAAUACCUUGCUUUCCGGGUAUCUAGGGGCUGGAAGAAUUCAUGAGGCUAUGCAAGUAUGGAGACAAAUUCACGAACUGGGCUUGGAACCUAAUUCAGUUACCUAUAGUUCUAUCAUUGAUGGAAUGUGCAAGAUUGGAUUGAUGAACAUAGCAAAGGGUUUCUUCAUGAAGAUGAGGGCUUCUGAGCCCUGUCCUGUCUUGGCAGACUUCAAUACGUUAAUGGCAUUUUUGUGCAAGGAGAGUAGUUUGGAACAAGCAAAUAGGUUGUUUCAGGAAAUUAGGAUAGCAAACCUCGAACCAGAUGUUGCAUCGUUCAAUAUUAUGAUAGAUGGAACUCUCAGAGCAGGGGAUAUUCAAUCUGCCAAAGCCCUGCUCACAGAAAUGCUUAAAUCGGGCUUGACUCCCGAUAUGCUGACCUUUUCUGCCCUAAUCAAAUGGCUAUCAAAACAUGGACAGUUGGAUGAUGCUAAAUUGGUUUACGAGAGAAUAGUUUCUUCUGGCUUUAUACCUGACUCUGCUGUGUUCGAUUCCUUGCUUAAGGGUUGUGUUUCAAGUGGUGACAAAGAUGGAAUUAUCUAUUUUCUUCAACAAAUGGCUGAUAAAGGUGCUGUAAUCGACUUGAAGAUUACUAGAACUAUCUUGUCCUGUCUGUCUCAGGAUUUUGUGGAUCUUGAUGUGAAGGACCUCCCAGACUUUGCCCAAGGAAAAUCAAGUCCGGGCAUUCGAUGUGCGGAGUUUCUUGCUGAACUCCGUCGAUCUUACCCUAGGCUUGGGCUUAGUGCAACUUGACCUAUUGUCUAUUUUUAGUCUUUGGUUCUCAUGGCAAGGUCCUUGCCCGACCUGAAGAACGUUACAGAGCAUCGAUUUGUAAGUCUCUCUACUGCUGAAGAUUCUAUUAUUCUAUGAGAUGGAAGACAAUGUCGCCCACGGUUCACCAGUCAGGAUCCUAUAUGCUACAGUAAGUGCGUGGGGAGCUUCAGGAGCAAGCGCCCCGAGGUACCUUGGAGAAGAGCAGUUUGGUUUGCGGACCACCUAGCAAAGCCAUCUUUUAUGAGCUGGUUAGCUGAGCUCAACAGACUAAGCACCAAGCACAUAAUGCUGGAGUGGGGGAUGCAGAUUUCUCUUUCUGACUCUUGAGUUCUGUGGUGAAACUACGGAGACUAGGGAUCGCAUUUUUUUUGGGUGCAGAGUUACGCGCACAGCAGUAUCGGGUGCAGUCUGUUAAGCAGAAUUGGGAGGCCGGAACGACGAGCUACAUGGAAUCUGAAGAUUGAAGGGGAAAGCUCUGGAUAUCACUGCUCAAAGGCUUCUCUGGACGAUCUGCAUUUACAAAGAUCUGGACGGAGAGGAACUUUGAGAAUUUUUCGGAAGAAAACUACCAAGUGCAGCUGAGAUUGUUCUCCAAGUCAUUGAGAUUUUACGAAUGAAGUUGCUUUCUAUUCCAAAUGUAACUUUUAACCAAAGCUUCGUCGUUGGGGUUGCAGUAAGUUUAUAUUGUUGUCUGUCUUGGAAGGAUAAUCCUCUUGUUUUGGUUUUUCACACGUAAUCCGGUUUUCCUGGC